UACAUAGUAUGAAGUUAGCUUGUUCAAACUAACUUGACAAGGAUAUUUUAUCCGCUAGUUAACGCUCUUAUAACUACCUUAUUUAGCACAUCAUAGGGGCGUUAUAUUGUAUCGCUGACAAAUAUGUUGCUGAUUAAUUAAGCGAGGGGCAUAUAUAACAGCGCAGUCAAUGUAUCAUAGGAGGAGAGAUUAAGAUAGAUUCUGGUCUACUUUAAAAGGGAUCGAAAGACCGAAAGAAGAUAUUUAACGUCACUCUCAUCUCGUUCGAUAUAAUCGGAUUCGAACUCAGUAAAAAUGUCUACAGCAAUCAAGGUUGCCAUAGUGGGCGCGACGGGCAACACGGGAGGCUCAAUAAUCAAUGGAUUAUUAGCCUCCGAGACACAAUUUGAAAUCACUGCUCUUGCGCGUCCUGCUUCUGUUAAUAGCGAGGCCAAUAAUAGCCUUAAAAGCCGGGGCAUUCGUAUCGUAGCUGCUGAUCUGACUGGUCCGAAAGAUGAACUUGUCAACACCCUAAAGGGGCUUGAUAUAGUCAUCUCAUGCAUUGUAUACUCUAGUCUGGGAGAUCAGGUGCCUCUGGCCGAAGCUGCCAAGCAAGCUGGCGUGAAGAGAUUUGUUCCAUGCAAUUUCAGCACACCAGCGCCGAGAGGUGUCAUGGAUUUGUACGACCAGAAGGAUGAUAUCCUCGCGGCUAUCCAACGUCUCUACUUGCCAUACACUGUUAUAGAUGUUGGCUGGUGGAUUGACCAGUUGGUGCCAGCCUUACCUUCUGGCCGAACAGAUCACGUAAGCAUCAAGGUGCUCGACAUAGUUCCUGGUGAUGGAUCGGUUCCCAUAGCCUAUACGAACUUACCUGAUGUCGGAACAUACGUGGCCAAAAUUAUUGCCGACCCAAGAACCCUCAACAAGAAGGUGUUCGCCCAUACCGAAACGAUCACUCCAAUCAAAAUAAGGGAGAUUUUGGAGGAACUUAGCGGAGAAAAAGUCACGAGAAACUAUAUAAGCGCGGAAGAGAUAGAAAAGACUAUCGCUUCGGCACGAUAUGCUCUAGACAAGGAUUCGGCAGAUCAGGCAGCUAAGUUUAACCUGAUGGUAUACCAAUACAUAUAUUCAUGGGGUAUUCGAGGAGACGACACCCCUGAGGCCGCAUCUUAUCUAGGAUACUUGGAUUUUAAGGAGUUAUACCCAGGUGUCGUGGGAAAGACUGUACGGGCUCGCCUCCAAGAAAUUCUAAACGGAAAAUGAUAGGUAGAAAUGGACAUUUCCUUUUUCUU